UUUUAUGCACCAUUGGAGUGUGUUAAAUUGUGGGCUUGAAAUUUUUUUAAAACUUGAUAUGCAGGAGUGUUUUAUGUGUACAAUUUUGGACCCGAGGGCAGACAAGCGCUUACAACAUUACCUGUGCUGGUCUAGAGCGUUAUUGUUAUUAUCACUGGUUAGAGCUACGUCCUACCUGAAAACUUUUGUCCAUCUGUCAUGCAUCCCACGUAGGUAGACUUUGUACAAGGCAAAAAUACCUGUUCUGUGGAUCGCCGAGUCAACCUUUAAGGUGAAGAGUGUACAGUUAUUGCUCAGCUGGUGUAGUGAAGUGUUUUGCACUGGGUUAGAAAACUCUUUUGUGAUUCAGAACAGUAAACACCAAGGAACUUUUUUACAACAAAGACUGAAGAUUCACUCUGUGUGGAGGAAUACAACAUGAUUAUAGAGAUAUUUCAGUGAUUUGAAUCCCCACUGUUUGUUUCUCCAGUUGUGUUGGUGAAUUUGUUUUAUUUGUCUUGUCUGAAUGAUUUUUUAAAUCAGAGUAAAAAUCUCAUGAACACUGAUAGAGAUACAUUGUACCAGGUUCUGAAAAAAAAAACCUUUGCAUUCAUUCAUGGGACGCAUGAUAAAUAGUCAUGUGAAUGUCUUUUUGGAGUCAUCCCCUUCGACAUCUGGUCCUAUUGUGAAAAUCUAAAAGUUUUGUGAAGUGUCCAUGUGUUACCUGAGAUAUUCUAUUUUGAGAUUCUGAUACUUGGCAGAUUAUCAGUUAGUGUUUGUGAUGAAUUUUCUGGUCAGUUUGGGAACAUGUACAUGUGUCAGUCAGAGGAAAGCAUGGAAAGAGGAGAUGAACGAAGAGGAGAAACCGCUGGACAGGUGGGAUAACGGCAAGAUGAACAUCCCUCAUCGGAUUUUGACGCCGGAUGACCCUGAUACAGGCAUACCUGGGAAAUACACGGAGGUCAAUACUAGCAACGAGUGUGUGACCACCCCCCAGUCUUCUUAUGGAGAUGGUAUAAGCCAUAGUAGUGAUGAGUCCCUAGAGAGGCGGUCGAGUCUCCCUCGAAUGAAGAGCUACGAUGCUGUCGUUUUCGAGAUUUUGAGAGUGUCACCGGACGAUUUCGCAAGCCAGAUAACCUUAAUGGAUCUGCCUGUUUUUAAGUCCAUUCAGCCAGAGGAAUUGACUUCAUGUGCAUGGACAACAAAAGAAAAACUCAUCAAAGCUCCAAAUGUUGUAGCAUUCACAAGGCGCUUCAAUCAUGUGAAUUUCUGGGUACAACAAGAGAUUUUGAACUGUCAAACCGUAAAAACUAGAGCAGAUGUACUUGCUCACUUUAUAAAGAUUGCUAAGAAACUCUUAGAUCUAAACAACCUCCAUGCAGUCAUGGCAGUUAUUUCAGCUCUCCAAAGUGCAGCUAUCUUUCGCUUGUCCAAAACAUGGAUGAUGUUGUCAAGAAAAGACAAAUCAACCUAUGAGAAAAUGGCUGACCUGUUUUCUGAGAAUGACAACAGACAGAGGUUACGGGACCACAUGGACAUCAUCAAGCUGCCCUGUAUACCAUAUUUAGGUCUAUAUCUGUCAGAUCUGAUCUACAUAGAUGUAGCACAUCCUCACUCGGGCGGCAUGGAAUCCCACACUCGCAAACUGCAGAUGAACAACAUUCUACGAACCAUCUCAGAAUACCAGCAGUCCAGUUAUGAUCAACUCCCAAUACUUGACCACGUCCAGAACUACCUUAAGUCUGUGAGGUACAUUGAGGAGUUACAGAAGUUCGUAGAGGAUGACAACUACAAAUUGUCUUUAAGAGUGGAGCCUCCACUUCAAGGUCCUCAUCUCUCCACAUCCAAAGAAGACGUGCAGAUCAUGGUGGCUCCACCUUCCCCCUCCAGUGAGCCCCGCAACAUCGCUCACACUCCCAGCUUCACAUCCACCUCAUCCAAAUUCCAGCCAUGUCACAGGAAAACCAAAAGCUUAAAUGCCAAUUUUAUGAGUAAUGGACAGAAGUCAAGCGCAGAGAAAACCUUUAGUCUUCCAUCAAAAACGACCGCUCCCUACAUUCAAGGGGUCCGCCAUUUGUUAGACGACAGUGUCCUCGAAGAGUCCCCAUGUGCUUCCAGUGAUGGCUCCAUCUGUGGGAAAAUUCUUCCUGAUAACAACGAGGCUAACACUGAUUUAGUAUUUCCUAUCUCGGAUUUUGAGUCCCAAAAUAAAAUAAUGUACAGCAGAGAUUUCACACCUGAAGAUCUGAGCAAUUUCCAACAAAGUAUAACAUGUGAAGGGUUCUUACAAAGGAAAACAAUACUCAAGGAUGGGAAAAAACCUUUAGUUAGUGCUUGGACAAAGUAUUGGGUGGCAUUAUGGGGAACUUCAUUACUGUAUUACCCUUAUAAAUCCUUACGAGGCAACGACAGAGCAUCAUUUAAGACAGAGCCGAGUAAGAUGACAUCAGUGGUUGGUUGGAUGGUAAUCAUGGGAGACAGUCCCUUACAUCCAGAUGCAUUCCAGUUGUCUGACCCCAUGAAAGGUAACGUUUACAAGUUCAGAGCAGGGUCCCAAGCAGAAGCUUUGGUGUGGUGUCGACAUCUGAAUGAAGCUGCAAAGAGAUAUCAACAGCAGACGCCAGCAAAUCUGAUGUCAUUUGACUGAUUGUCCCAAUCCCACGACCGGUUCACCUGUGAUAUUCUGGAUCUCAAGGAAUCUUGACAGAUGCUCAGUGAAUUUGCCAAAGGAGAUUCUGUGCCAGCCGUUUUUGGCAAUGUUCCAGUGCUUAGCGAUUGGCUCAGUUCAUUGGGGCCACCCAUAGUUAGAGGUUCCCUUGUAGCCAAAGGACAGUUAGGAAUAAGAACAGUUUAACUGAUUGUGAACAUUCUACAAAAAAAAACAAAACCCUUCUGUGCCAAAGUCCUUUACUGUGUGGUGUUGAGGAUAGAAAUACUCUGUCCCUCUAGGUGUGUGUAAAAUCACAGCAAGAUGUAGCAAGCAGUGGUCGUGUUGACCGGACAUUCCAUGAAAUGAGGUGCAAAAUCAAGUCAAGUUGUCAAGGCAGUGAACAGAAGCAUUAUCCCCACAGUGAUGCCUGAAACAGGGGGAAACGUAACAACAGGUUGCCAUAGUCUCUGUCAGUUUUCACAUUCCUUACUCAUUUUCCAUGGAACACUUGACCUUUUUUUUUUGUUAAAUCUAGUCUUCAAUCUAUGGUUGUUUUUCAACAUUCCAAAGAAAAAAGUUUUUUUUUCUUUUUUAUAAUCUGUUUCCAUAAUAACUCUUUCAUGCUGAAGUAGAUCAUGAGUAAGCUAUAGUAACGUAUGAAUCCCUAUACACAAUUCUGUUCUUAGUGUAAGUUGACCUAAUCAAGUAAUCAAGUACCUGACUGAGAUGACUGCCACUGCAUCUUAACUUUAACACCCCAAUAUCAUAUUUAUCAAUGCAAUUUUAAACGGCAAUAACAUGAUUAUUUUUGUUAACCUCUGAUAAGAGGUCCCUAGUCGGUUAUGUUAACUAUGUCAUAUAAUUAAUGUUUGUUGACGUGUCAAUACUGUAAGAGGUGUAAAUUUUAAUUCUUUUUUUACCUAAAAAAAAUUAUUUUUAGACAAACAUAAUAUAUGUUCAUCUGAAUGCUAUUUCUUUAAGAGACUGAAUUUUAGAAUGAUCGAGUGUUACAAGCUUAAAUUAUAACGCCAUAUGUGGGUUUUUUUUUCUUGGCUGCACAAUUAUUUUUAUGGAGGUGCAAAUAUUCAUGAUUUAAGACAAAGCCAAAUUAGAGAUAAAUAUUUGGAAUGACUCGAUGAGGUAUAUAUUUUUUGAAUUACUUGUAGGAUAGAGGCUUUUUAUCUGUGUAGAUUUUGUGUGCUACAUAUUUUAUGAGAAAUAGGAGGAAAAAAAUGCAGAAAGUUUUGGGGGAUUGUGCUCUUUGUUAUUUGUUUUCUAAGAUGCUUGCAGUGCUAAUAAGAAAAAAAAAAUUAUUUCUUAGAAAAUGAAUGAAAAACAGUAGAAAAAAUGUGCAAUAACAUGUUUUGCUUGGAAUAUGGUUGCUCAGAUAUCUUUUUCCAUUAAUGGUAAAAAAAAUAUUAAUAUGUCAUAAAAUAAAACCAAAAUGAUCUUCAUUGCUGUAUUAUAUGAGUGGUUAUGUGCAGUAUUUCUUCAGCAUAAUCUCUGUUUUACUCUAUUAUCAUUUUUGUCAUCUCCAUUUACAUCAUUUUCAUUAUGAUAAAAUUAUGAAAUGCUAAUACAAAAAUAUGAAAAAUGCAUAAAAAUGAUUAAAAUAAAAACAGUUUAAAUAUU